AUGGAUGUAUGUACCACGCAAACAAUUGUAUGGGUGGUGUUUGUCGCUACCGUUGCCGUACAGUGCCAAGCGGCGGGUGUGCCAAUAGCCGGCCCGGCGAAACUCAUCGACGAACAAGCUUGCUCGCAGUUAAAAACACUCUGCGCUAAAAGUGCACUGGCCGCGGAAGACAUCAAAGCUCUGGAGUGCGUUCAAUCGCUUCACCCGGAACAGAUCGACAGUCUUGAACCAGAAUGUCAACAUUUGAUAUGGCUGCAUACGACCGCCCUGAUGGACGACGCUAACCUCAAGCGAAUGAUCCAAAAAGGAUGCCCAAAAGACUACACCCAGUUCCCGUGCUCUCAGAGCCAGGAACCGGGACAAUUUUUAGCCUGCAUCAUCGAUCAUCGAGCCGUUGCGAAAGGCAAUGGGUGUAUCAGCUACAUCAAGCGCCUGGAAUGGGUUGCCUUCUCCGAUUACCGGUUCAUCAAGCGGUUCCUGGCGCACUGUACGCGCGACAUCGAAGCGCUAGGCUGUGGGCGCGUUGCCACUGGCAACGAUCGGGACAAAAUGUCCCAAGGAGAAACGGUCGCCUGCUUGCAGAACUCGCUGGACAAUCUGAACGAGGAGUGUAAGCGCGAGGUGCUUCAUCUGUCCGAGGUACAAUCGGAAGAUUUAACGCUCGAUCGGCAGCUGGACGUGGCUUGCUCGAACGAUGUAUUCCGCUUCUGCCAAUCGCUUCCGGCCGGGUCGCCGCAGCUGCUGAAAUGUCUCAUGAAACAUCGCAACGAUCCGGAUAUGACGAAAAACUGCCAACAGCAGCUACUGCGCCACGAUCGGCUCGUAGUGCACGAUUACAAGGUGUCGCGCGGUCUUACGCGGGCCUGCAAAGAGGACAUCAAAACGUACCGCUGUCGGCGGGGCGUGUCGGACGAUAAGGAUGUGCGGUUGGCCCAGAUUCUGCUCUGCCUAGAAGCGGUGCAGAAAAACAGCACCAAACUGAUGCCCGAAUGUGUGGCCGAAAUUAACGACCACCGGCGAAUGUUGCUAACGGACUAUAAAUUGUCGCCGGAAAUAUUAACCGGGUGUGAGAAUGAUAUUGAAAAGUUUUGCAGCAAUCUGGACGCCGGUGGCAAAACGAUCCACUGUCUGAUGGAGCAUGCCCGGUUGAAGAAGAAAAAGGAUCGUCGCGUCACGGACCUUUGCUUGCGUGCGCUGGAAACACUGGUCAAGGUGACGGACGUUGGGGAAGAUUGGCGUGUCGAUCCGGUACUACGGAAGGCUUGCAAACCGGUCGUGGAUGUGGCUUGUUCCGAUACGGAUGGUGGCGAUGCGAGGGUUAUGUCGUGUUUGAUGGAAAAACUCGGCACAAACUACAUGAACGUGGAGUGUGAAUCGGCCCUGCUGCAGAUACAGUACUUUGUGGCACGAGACUUUAAGUUGGAUCCUCAGCUUUAUCGCAACUGCAAGGAUGAUGCUAUUCGGUUUUGUAAAGCGAAAAAAACAUGGGCUGAUCUCGAUACGGCUCAAAUGGAUCCGGAACGUGGUCCACUCAUACUGCCCUGCCUGCAUCGGUACGCUUACCCGGAGAAAGAAGAGAUGCGUCUGAAGCCGGAAUGUCUACAGGAAGUGAAGCGUGUUAUGCGCCAACGGGCCAAAUCCGUCGAUCUUAUCCCAGAGGUUGAGGAUCAGUGUUUGGACGAUCUGGCCUACUUUUGUUUCGAUAAAACGGGCAAAGGUGAGGAGAUGCAGUGUUUGCAGGAUAAUCUGGAAAAGUUACAGGAAGCGUGCCGAGCGGCCGUUUCCCGCUACACCGAAGAGGAAGCGGCACACGUGGAGCUGAACCCGAUCAUCAUGUCCGUGUGUGCCGAUGCGAUGGAAAAGCACUGUGCGGCGGUGUUGAAAACGGGUCGCGACGAAGGUGACAUGAUGGAGUGUCUGAUCGGUGCGAAGAACUUGCCGGACAUGCGGGAAGACAUCAAGUGUCGGGCGGCGGUUGAACAUUUUCAAAUCAUUUCCCUUAAAAGUUUCCACUUUACGUACAAGUUCAAGGAAGCGUGUCGAUUGCAUGUGUCGAGGUUCUGUAGCAAAUGUACGACCAAGUACGAGGUGGUUGCUUGUCUGAGUGAAGUGAUGCGGAACGAUACGAUCAAGGAGGCGAAACACUCGAUCCCGAAGGAGUGUCGGCAGCAGGUCCGGGCACAGCUAUACCAGCAGCGGGAAAACAUUGACUUUGAUCCGAAGCUGAAGGCAGCGUGUAAGGAGGACAUUGCGCGCCACUGUCCACAGAUACCACACGGCUCGGGACAGGUCCUGGAAUGCUUGCAAACGCACCACGGCGAUCUUACCGAGUCCUGCCAUCAUCAGCUAUUUUCGAUCAAAAAAUCUGAACUAACAGACAGUGCGACGGACUAUACGCUGCUCAACACCUGCCGGGAGAUGAUACGACAGUACUGUCACGAUACCGAACCGGCCAAACUGCUGCACUGCCUGAAGUUGCACAAAGAUGAAACGCUGUUCGAUGAUCGGUGCCAUUUGGUGGUGGUAAAUCGAAUGAUCGAACAGAAUCUAGACUACCGGUUCAAUCCGGCACUGCAGGCAGCUUGUUCGAAAAAUAUUGCCGAAUACUGUACGCCCAUCAUAAAAAAUGCGAAGCAAAACGAGGAGUUAAAUGGGAAGGUGAUCGAUUGUUUGAAGAUUCGGUUCCGCGAGGGCAAACUGUUGCCCGAGUGUGAAAAACAGAUGACGGAGGUGUUGCACGAGCGGGCUUUGAAUUAUAAACUUAAUCCACUGCUUCAGAGCGUGUGUCACGAUGAGAUACAGGUACUGUGUAGUGCUGUAUCGGAGACGGACACGAACGAGGAUCAUGGUGCGGUUGAGGAGUGUUUGAAGCAAGCGUUCCUCGACAAGAAGCUCAUUAAUCGGGCGUGCAAGGUUGAGGUGGCCGAGUUGAUUCAGGAGGGCAAGGCGGACAUUUAUGCCGAUCCGCUGCUACAGCGGGCAUGUUCGGUGGAUUUGCUGAAGUACUGUUCCCACAUCCAAAGUGGCAAUGGCCGCUUAUUAAAAUGUCUCGAAGGAAUUCUACAAGGCGAAAGCAAAGCACUGGAAGAUGACUGCAAAAACAAGCUGCUAACCCGUUUGGAGAUGUUCCGAAAUGCAGCUGCGUUUGUUCCACCACCGGAAAGCUUCCAUCAGCUGUACGAUCAGGUGGUUGCAUCCCCAUCGAAGCACUACUUCCUGAUCGUGCUCUGUAGCUUUAUCGGCAUUAUUUUCAUCAUCGGACUGCUGUGUGGACGCGUGACGCACCGUACGAUGGCACUGAAGAACAAGUAGUCAACAUCAUGAGUACGACCGGUAUGUUUUCAGUUUCCAUUUCAAAUUACUAGACUGUGUUAUUACUUAUGUGUUAAAGCGAGCUAAGG